AUGGUAUACGCUAUAAUACAUGCAAAAAUUCCUGGCAAAGUAAGGGAAAUCGACAAGACAGUGCGCGAAGCAACGUUUGCGCUGAUUGGUAUGAUCGCCAUGAGGACACAGUUCGACGAGAUGCACCAGAAGAGGUUGUUUGUUUUGCAUUUGGAGAAUAUCACCUCGCAGGAGGGACACCUGCACCUUGCAGCGGCGGAUGGCGCACUGGGUUUCGAGCUUCUCGUGCAAGACAUCGUGAAUGACUCUGGAGCGACGGACGUCGCGCCUAUCUCUGUUCAUCGCGAAUGGAUGUCGCGCCCAUCCCUGCUGUGA